AUGUCAAAAGAUAAGGUAUCUUCAAAAUCCAGCUCAAGAAGUGAACUUGGCAGUGCAUCGUUCUUCUUUUUCAAAUGGACUGCGAGUUCUUUAGAAGUCUACAAAAAAGCGAUAAAAACUAAUUAUUUGACACCGAUAAUUGCACAUUGUACACGUGCUCGAGAGGGUGAUGAGGAUGCAAGCAAGAACUUCGAUUACAGUGAAUUGGGAGCGAAUCCACGAAUGGUGAAAGAUGAUCGGGAGGAGAUCAGAGCUCGUUUGAAAGAUGCGAAGAACAGAGUUUGGACGAAUGAAGAGGCGAAACCAUCGCUGCCAAUAAGUUUAGUGGAACUCUCCACAAUAUAUCGACUGAAAACUCUGGUUAAAAUGUGUGAGAAACUUUGGGCAAUAAUGGGAAGAAUGAUUGAGUGGUUUGAAGCCAAUAAAAGUGCAUUCAACAAAGUGCGUGAAUCGAAAGAAAUCUUUGCCCACAUCCGUCGAAUGUUCGAAUCGGUUUGUGCAAUGGGUGAGGUGUUCCGAUUAACUUCAGUUAAUUGGAAAAGCUGUAAAAACUCGAAUUUGUUGGAACCGAAUGAUAGUGAAUACACGUGUUCGGAGAAUAGUAGACUUGUUAUCACUUCUCCUGCGAGUUCAUAUGUUGGAGAGUUUCAGAGUCAGAUUAAUUAUUAUAGAACACUUGUGUACAAUGUCGCUAUUUCAUUCGGUGUAGUUUUGGAGUACAUUUUUAGCUCUGUCAAUCGAGAACAGUAUGCCAUUCAGCAAAAAGAAAUCGCCAAUGUUCUCCAAAUGCUGCCUCCACAGUACAAGGAUAUCCAACAGCGUCUGAAAUUCUCUCGCCGCACAGCCAGUCUUCUCAAUGAUCCACCGAAGAAUGAGUUUGUCUUCCCUAUUAUAAACAAUGAAGUUUCGGAUGAAUCGAAAAAAGAAUCAGAGAAGAAGUUGGAUCAGAAAAAGUCUGCAAAAGUGUCAUCGAGCAAAUAUUAUCAUGGAAGGACAAAUGAUGGGAAAAGCGGAAGAUCGGAUAGAAAAUCGACGAGAUCUCCGAGUUUGAAGUCUGAACCAACGCAGAAAUCUGAUAAGAGCAAGAGCAAGAGUAAAAGUAAGAGUAAGAGCAAGUCGAAAAGCAAGAAAAAGUCAACUCUGAAAAAGGUUCUUAGCAAAGGCGGUAGCUCGAAAAAAUCGGACAAGGAAUGA